UCGCCGUCAUCGUCAUCCGCGAAAAGAUGGGAACAUGGCGGCUACGCUCUCCGACGACGAGUUUCAACGCCUGCAAACGCAGUUGCUCGACCUGCGGAGUAGAAACUACAACUUGGACGAACACUGCAAGCGCCAGAACCAAGAACUUGUAGUUCUUCGACAGAGUCUCGAUGAUCACAAGAAGGAGCUCUCAAAGGCUCACUCGGCCCUCAGCCGGAGCAAGAAGGCCAAGGAGGUGGAGAAGCUGAUUGUGGACAACGAAGUGCUUCAGCGCAAACUGCAAAGCCAAGAGGAUGAGUUCCGGCUGCAGAAUCAGACGCUUAUGCAGGAGCUGUCUGUCACGGUCACCGCGAAUGAAGCACUGGAAAGGAAGCUGGAGGAGCUGCAAGGAGUGCGGCAGCCCAAGAGAAGUCCCGAGCCGUCCGACCAAAAGUCCCUCGAUGAGAUACGCCGCCUGCAGGCUGAAAACCUGGCCCUACAAAAGUCGCUUGCAGAACUUCGAGGAAGCACAAAUGGGCUUUUGCCUGCACUCGACCACCCACUCAUGGUUGACGGGGAAGACGGCUUGUCUGAAGAAGUCGACCAGAGGGCAUUGGAUGCCAAGCUUCGACUCAACAUUGAGAUCGAAGAGAAGAACAUGCUUAGAAAACAAUUAUCCGAAGUUGAGGAAAAAUUAAAGGAAGUGACUGAGACAAUGGAAGAGGAGAACGAAAAAUUGAUGGAAAAAUUAAAACGGAAGCAUGAAAGUUUUCUUCAGAUUCAGCAAGAAAAGGACAAAGUGUUUGCAGACAGCAAGAUGGCCCUGGAGACAAUGCAGGUGGCCAAGGAUCGUGAGAUCCAGCAGUUGAAGGAGAUGACUCAGCGCUUGCAGAGCCAGCUCAACAGCGCCCUGGUCUCCCAGCAGGAUCACCAGACUGUGAGCACGACGACCAUUCAGCAGCUCGAGGAGACGAUCACCGAGCUGGAGACAAAAUUGAACAAUGCCUCCCCAGAACGCCUGCAUCAGGCCAUUGCCGAGAAGGCUUCCUUGGAGAUGCUCCUUCGAGAAACCACCGAGAAGUGCCAGCAGGCCGAGGCACAGGUUGCGAACCUUCUCAAGAUGAAUGAGGAGAUGGGUUCCAAGAUUAAAGCCAUGCAAAGUACCAUCGAUGGUUUGGAAGAUGCAUCGCGAAGCAGUGCCAUGGCAGCCUCGGAGGCCAACAAGGUGGCCGAGAAACGCAAGGCUCUGGUUGAGGAGAUGGGUGCCCACCUGCUCGAAGAGGAGGCCAAACACAGGAAGGCCUUGGAGGAAAUGGAACAGGGAUUCCAGGAGAAAAUCAACCAGCUCAAUGCCGCCUUGCUGGAAGAGCAGGAACACUCGGCAAGGGCUGCUGAGAAUGAGGCAGCCCUGGCGAUGUACAAGCGGCUGCUGCCUUCGCUCAAGGAAGAAGUUGUGCAGCUGCGGGCCGAGGCACAGGCACGAGUGGACGAGUUACAGGCGGCCAUCGAGACGUCCCGGAAAGAGCUGGAGGAGUGCCGGACCCGCCUGUCACAGGACUACGCCAAGCUCAAGGCACAGCUGGACGAUGCGAUCAAGGACCUGACGAUACAGCUGGAGAUCUCCAACAGCCAGAAGUGUGAGUUUGAGGAAGAAGUGAAGAGGCUGAAGCAGGAAAUAAAAGACAGUGUGGAGGAGCGCAAAAUUCAAGACAAGAAGGGCCUGUCAAUGGUCAAGGAGCUGAAAAGGCAGCUUCAGACAGAGAGGAAGCGGGCCGACAAGCUUCAAGAAAGGCUGCAGGAAAUCCUCAAUGAUUCUAACCUUGGACGAUCUGACGACCUGUUCCAGCCAAUCAGCUGUGAGGAGCGUCAACGAGGUGACUCGAGUAGCAUUGGCUCCUGGAGCUACGUGUCUGCCAACAAUGAGAACUCCAAGGACAGCACUAACAAUAACAGCAAUGGAGCGUUGUCAUUGAAUGGAGAGCAGGCUCCCCCACCUCCCAACAAGGCAUCCCCUGGACUGCUGGAACAGGAGAACAAUGACCUGGUCAGUCGUCUUGCAGCCCUGCAGGAAGAGAAGUGGAUCUUGGAGGAGAAGAUAAACCACCUCGAAGUGAGCAAUUCCUCCAUGGCUGAUGACCUGGUCAACAAGACAGCCAUCAUUCAGUACUACUGCAUGGACAGCAAAUAUGAGCCGUGCUCGGGCACCCACCACCCUUCUUCCACCGAGAAGCUGACCGUGAAGCGACUAGUGGACUUUAUCAAGGACAAAGGAGAUGAGAACCUCAAGGAAAUCAACCGACGGAUGCAGCGAAUGCUUGAGGAGACGCUCACCAAAAACAUGCACUUGCAAAAGGACUUGGAGGUGAUUUCUCAAGAGUUGCACAAACUGAGGCAAGCUGGCGACCUCUCGGGGCCUGCUCUCUGAACUGCUCUUCACGCCUCUGUUUUGACAGGCCAUAAUCAAAACAGUAAUCAUAUACAUAGUGUGAAUGGUUUUUGUAAAUAGGCUUUGUAAACUUGUCUGCUCUUGUUAGUAUAGAACUUUUUUUUUGUUAGGGUUAAGAAGUUUGAACACUGUUGGCAAAAUCGGGGAAAGGGCUCUGGCAAUGACUCGACGUAGCAUGUGCAGUUGACGACAACAGUAUACUGCGUGUUUCAGAGCUGCCCCUCUAUUGGUGGCAGUGUGGUUUGUGUGUGUUUUUAAAUUGAAAAUAGGGGGCCUGUAUACAGUCCCUAGUACGUUUCUUUUCUGGGCACCUAGAAGCUUACAUGAUAUAGAUGUUGUACACAGUAACCUACAAAUGUUCAUGGGACACAGACUGCAUGACAAGCAUAAAUGUAUGGUUUGCUACAGUGUGCCAUUUCCGAUUUAUUGAAUCGGGGGGUACAUUUCGAAAGCCACUACAUAUUCAAACAUCAAAGAGGCUAUGCGAACUGAUCUAUUGGAUAGCAGUGUCCAUGUCGAAAUACACCAAUGACUGAAACACUGAGCUUGAAAAGGCUACACAGACCGAUUUAUCGAUGUUCAAGAAAGAUGGGGCAUGCAAACAUGGGACAAUGGAAAAGACAUGACCCCAGAAAUGCUGGCAUACUGCAGCUUUAUUUUUAUGAUUUAUUGGAUAGCAGUGUACAUUUCAAAAGCUACUACAGAUUGAAAAUGAAGAAAAUGAACUCAGAAAAGGCUACAUGGAAAUGCAGCAUUUUUACAAAAUUGCGUGCCCACUAGACUUUUAUAGCUGAUUGUGUUUCUGUUUAUCGUUAAAAGUAUCUCUUGCUAGGAUCCUGCUGAGGAAAUUCAUCAGAGAACAACACGAUACAUUCUUUUUACCUUGUACCGGUGAGAUUGUGGUAUUUAGAUUCAUGUGUUUUCUCUGAUUUGGAUCUUAAAUGCAAAAAAGAAUACCUGUUGGGUGUUGCAACAAAGGAUACAUUUAGUCAUUCUUUGGUGUAGAAGCUUUUGCAACUAUAAUGCGGGUGUCGUAGCACAGGGCAGUUUUUGUGCAAUUUCCCGAGUUACAUUGCACAUUCCGAUAGUACUUGCUUUUGAUGGUGUGAGAGUGUGUCUGGCUUUGUGCACGAAGAUACCUUGCGUCAUUGCACACCUGGCAUAUGUUGUGCCCUGGUAGUGUUAAAUUUGGUGCAUUGUCUUCCAUAUGAAUAGCUAUCAUGGUCUCGCCAUUAUAACAGCUUUUCUCACAUUUCUGUGUUGAUGCCUAAUCUUUUGCUUGGAAUGGGCUAUGCACAUAGUAUGCUUCAGUUUAUGGCAUGAGAGCCCAAUGAGGUGUUGCUUUGUUAUAGCAGUACAAAUGCUUCGUUAUAGCAGUACAAGUACAAGCCAUUAAAUGAGUUGUUUCAAGAGAUGAAGGUUUAGCUAUUUAAUUCUUUACAUAUUUGAUUAGCCGUGGUCUUGGAAUCAGAAACAGUCAAACCAUGUCAUAAUGAAGUAGCGUUUGAUGCCAUUAUUAUAUAUAAUGACUCCUACAAACAAAUGUUUAUUACACACUGUUAUUGCAAAAGACAUCUUUCGUUUGCUUUUAUAUUUCCACCUGGCAUAGUGUUUAGGUUCAAAUGUACAUCGCUUCGAGUAGAUUGAGAAAUGGGAGAGAAUUUCAUUAUGCAGAAACGUAAAACUUGCACUAUUGCAAAUAAUUGUUUGUGUUUUUGCAGAUUCAUUUUUUGCUUGAUGGCUGAUGAAUUAGAAAGAUAUGAAGACAUGCAAAAACUCUGCUGUUGGAACCAUUCUUGGACAGUAUGUUUAGCGGCAUGUUGGACUUGCCAUUGCACAUAGUUGUUGCUUUUGUGUUAUAGCUCCCAUAGUGCCUUUGAAGGUUCAUUCCGUUCUGGCUGCAUCGAAAAGCUGUGUUUCUGGAAAGUUUUUAUACCUAUAUUCAACCUUAAGCUCUUGGUUCUAAUGCGGCAUGGCAACAAGGAUUCUAAUUCCUUGUGAGGUGAGUCUAAUUGAGUUUCAUAUAGUCAUAUCUGUAAUCAGUACCCUGAGCAUGCCUCUGGCACUCCGUUUCUUCUUAUGCACUUUUUGUACAGCAAGUCUCUCCUCUCUUUUCAUGCUUGUUACUAUCUCAUUUUGGAAAGCUUCUGUAUUUUGUACAUAUGAGUCUUUUGCACAGGUAUCUGAAAUGUCGAAACCUUUUAGCGAUCAUAUUUUGUGCAAUAUUUGGUGCGCUUGUCGUCUGGGGGUAGCUGUAUGUAUAUGUGUACACUGCCUUGCAAGUGCAACAGCCAUAGCUUUUCAGUCUGUAAAUAUGUGGCUGUGCUCCAGCCUUUUGCAAAAUUUUUUGGUGCUGGUCACAGUUGUCUGGAGUGUUCAGUCUGUACGCGUAGAUUAUGUACAAUGUGAAAAAUAAACUAACCUAUUUGAAAAA